UAACCAUCUUUACAUGUGUUGUGUAACUUCAGGGAUUCAUUUCUGCUGGUAUGAACGCAUAUGCUCUCGGUUGCACGGAUGAAGAUUUGAGAAAAGAACUUAUGGCUAUGAAAGAAUCAGGUUUAGAGAUCGAUAGAAUGGAGAGUUACCACGGAAGCACACAAACUAAGUCCAAGAUUUUGAUGUCCGAGGUGGAUGAAUGCAUACUGUGGCUUAGCAUUGUUUUCAUCACAAUCUUGUGUACGCCGCAACCCACGGUCGUCAGAUGGUCAUCGACUCCUUCGGUUUCAGAUGAAGUUCUAAAAAAAUGGAGAGGCUUUUGUGCGGUUAUAGCCAAUGCAUACUAUAUCAGGGGAAUGGCAUGGUAAGACUAAUAAUAUUCGGA